AUGGAAUUCGAAGCAAUGUGGCGCGAAAACAAGCUCACAGGUACACCCAAGUCUGUGUUGUCGGAUACCUUAUCCAAGGCUAUCGUCACGCUGCAGGAAGAGCUGUCCAACUCGUCACUCUGGGAUAAAGCCGAGCUGCGCAACCGCAUCUUGCGUGCAGCUUUCCCCAAAUUGCUGGUCGACAAGUUAUCGUUGGAGACGUUGUUGCAACGUGUGCCGGAUGCCUACAUUCGUGCCAUCUUUGGCAGCUAUUUGGCUUCUCGCUUCGUUUAUCGAUUUGGAAUAGCUCCGUCGCAGUUCAAGAUGUACGAGUUCAUCUCAGAAUGGGAGUAG